AUGUCACUACCAGAGAAAACUCGGAAAAUCCUGGAUGAUCUGGAAUUAGACUCCGGAUUUUUGUCGUCUGGCUCGUCUUUAAGCGAUCCACCUAGCGAUCUCGAUCUUGAUUGUGACCUCGAAGAUGAUCUCGCUUUGUAUCCAACGCCCCAGGUGUCGCCUUCCAAGAGCCCGCAUUUUCUGCCCCCCCAAACUGCUGCGGGCCCCAGCACUCCCGUUAAGCGCACCAAGUUCCUUGUACCAGAAAUCUCCAAUACCCUUCGACUAAAACGUCCCAAAAUCUCACCAUACUUUCCCAUAAUGGCAGAUCCUCCUCAGUCUUGCCUCCCAUUUCCACCUACUGAUGCUCCAUCUUUUGGACUUGUUCAGGAGCAGCUUGCACAUGAACCAUUUAAGUUGCUUAUCGCUACCAUCUUCUUGAAUCGGACCAGAGGCGGCGUUGCUUUGCCCGUAUUUUUUAAGGUCUUUGAACGGUAUCCUACUAUCGAUGCAAUGGCGUCCGCGGACUUGGCGGAUUUUGUAUCCAUGAUUCGUUGUUUGGGGUUUCAGAACCAACGUGCUAAGAAGUGCAUUGCUAUUGCUCAACUCUGGCAAACAAAUCCGCCCAUCAAGAAUAAACGAUAUCGCAAGCUUCAUUACCCCAGGAAACUAGACGGUCGGGACGUCCAAGCCAAUGAAUGUCUUGAUGAUGAAGAUCCUCGGGCAGCCUGGGAAAUUGCACAUUUACCUGGAGUCGGAGCAUACUCUUUGGAUAGCUGGCGCAUUUUCUGUCGGGACGAGCUACGAGGUCUGGCUAAGGAUUGGAAAGGCACGGGUUCAGCCGUACCUGGCUUUGUUCCCGAAUGGAAGUCUGUGCUUCCCCAGGAUAAGGAACUGCGUGCUUAUCUCACGUGGAUGUGGCUCAAGGAAGGCUGGGUCUGGGAUUGUCACUCGGGUGAUUUGACUCUGGCUGGAGACAAGACGCUACGAGCGGCUCGACGGGAGGGCGUGGCCCACGAGGAGGAUGGGAAUUGGGUGUUGCAGACAUCCCCCGUCAAGAAGGCACAAAAUGGGCUGCAUGCGAUGGACUAG